AUGAAUAUCGAAGAAUCGAAUGGACAACGAUUGUAUAAUAAAAGUACAUGUAUGACACGUGAAACAUUAGCUCUUUCAGUAGAUGUUACUAAUCUGUAUGAUAAAAUACAUAGCGAUGAUGUAGGCAAUGACAAACAAAUAGCAAAGAAGGCGAUAUAUUAUGCUUAUAAAAUGGACUCGGAAUUGGACAAACGUAGAUGUUCUACAGGAAUAGAAAUGAAAAUGAUAAAAUCCGCUGGAAAUCUAUUGAGCAAGCGUAGUAAAGAUAUCGCGUAUGAAACCUUAGCGUCAACGAAACGUACUUCAAAUGUAUAUGACACAAUUCAAAGUGGAACAGGAAAUAACGCUCUCGAUAGACAAACUUCACUAGACAAUACGAAAGUUUAUACGAACAUGAUCUUCGAUACGACUGACUUCAAUCUAACGGAAAACAAUCCUGAUACGGCUAAAUCGUUUGAAGUGUGGACAAAGACAGAAUCUCAAAAAGAGUUACCUGGCGAAUAUGAAAAUUUUACAUUUCAACGUAUGAAUCAUCAAGACGAAUUUAAGUCAAGGAAAAAUAAAGCAAUCUGCAUUUUCCUUCUAAUUACAGUUCUACUAAUUACAACUAUAAUAAUCACAAUGGUUUUCACUGUCUUUAAGGAUGAUGAUGUCGAAGAAUGUAUACCGUUCAUUGCACCAGAAAAUGGUUUUAUGGAAGUUCUACACGAAAUGGGUUCCUUAGUCGUCGGUACAAAAAUAACUAUCUCCUGCAGGGAGGGAUAUUUUGUUGACGGAAACGAUACUGUUGUAUGCUCUCCGAAUAGAACUUGGUCAGAAUCUCCAACAUGUGAAAUUAGGGACUGUGGAAUACCAUCAGAUAUAACGAAUGGUCAUACAAAUGAUUUAGAGAAUACAACAUUUAACAGUACAUUCACUGUCGAAUGCGACGAAGGGUACGUUGCAGUGGGCAUUAUAACAGUCUUGUGUGACAUGAAUGGGACAUGGACUGAACGGCCAAACUGUAGACCUGUGUCUUGUGAGAUUCCUCAAGUUUUAGAUAACGAAACUAAAAUCGUGUACAACGAUACCACAUUUGGUGCAACUGCAAACUUUAGAUGCAUUGAUGGAUACUCGCUAAUGGGCGCCUCGUUUACCACCUGUUUGAGUAAUGGCAGUUGGACACAGAUUCCUUCGUGUUUCAGAACGAUAGGAUCAGCAUGCGAAGAAGCAAUGGUACUGCACGACCUUGUACGAAGAUCUAGAAUAUACCAAGCUGAUGGUGUACAGGGCAGUGACCCGUUUGUCGAUGACGAAUACCUGUUCCCAGAUUGGUACAGUGUCAUUUUCAACGGGAAACAGUAUCUAAUGUCAGGUGUUAAUACUAUGCCGCAGUACAACUUUUGUGGUACUGAGAACCCGAUUUAUCUUAAGCAUCCCCAUCCAGAAGUAGAAACCAUGGCUGCCACUGCGACUGUCUGUGAAAAGACGUCUUCGAGCGACUGCCAGAAUAUGCACACUAUUGCUAUCAGAAAAUGUGGAAAUGAUAACAUCCAGUAUUUUCUGCCUAGAACAAAUAGCAAGUCUGCAUAUUGUUUCGAUCCGCCAGAUAUAAAGAAUAUUACAGAAUUCUGA